AUGUGGGAGCGCAGAGGCAGAGGGGAGCCAGCAGCCCGCACAGCAGCCGUGGCAAGCCGCCUUCAUCCCCCAGGCUCUCUGAACACGAUGUCCACACCUCCUGCCAGCAAUGGCGUGUUUGUCGUCAUCCCGCCCAGCAACGCCAGCGGCCUCCGCCCACCUCCAGCCAUUCUGCCCACCUCCAUGUGCCAACCUCCAGGGAUCGUGCAAUUCGAAGAGUCACCGCUGGGGGCGCAGGCGCCCAGGGCCACCCAGCCGCCUGACCUUAGACCAAUAGAGACCUUCUUGACUGGAGAACCCAAGGCUUUAGGGACGGUGCAGAUCCUGAUCGGCCUCAUCCACCUUGGCUUCGGCAGCGUCCUGCUCAUGGUUCGCCGAGGCCACCUGGGGAUGCUCUUCAUUGAAGGUGGCGUCCCCUUCUGGGGAGGAGCUUGCUUCAUUAUCUCUGGGUCCCUCUCGGUAGCAGCUGAAAAAAACCACACCAGUUGCCUGGUGAGGAGCAGCCUAGGGACCAACAUCCUCAGUGCCAUGGCAGCCUUCGCUGGGACAGCCGUUCUUCUCAUGGACUUCGGUGUCACUAACUGGGAUGUGGGCAGGGGCUACCUUGCUGUGUUGACCAUCUUCACCAUCCUGGAGUUCUUCAUCGCUGUCAUCGCCACCCACUUUGGGUGCCAAGCCACCCGCGCCCACACUAACGCAUCUGUGAUUUUCCUACCCAACGCCUUCGGCACAGAUUUCAACAUCCCCAGCCCGGCAGUCUCUCCACCCCCUGCCUAUGACAAUGUGGCGUAUAUGCCCAAGGAGUCAUCAGAGUAGAAGAUCGCAGCUCCUCUUCUCCAGGUUGGAGUCCAGGCUUCCCACUCUACCCAGCAUCUCUCCACCUUCACCUUGUUCGUUCUGAGGCAGCCCUUCCCCACCCAGGCCCUCCAAGUCACGUGCAGUGUGUCACCGAGUGGUGUGUUCCUUCAGUUUCCUGUUUCCUCCAGUAGUGUCUUCCUAAAAAAGACAUAGGACUGAUGUCCAGGGCACCACCCCACUCCGAGUCCUGUCACCCGACAUAGAUGUCCCCUGGGCUCCUCUGCACUGUCCUCUGCUCAUCGUGGGAAAUCUUGGCAUCACGGAGGUUUCACGGGUUUGCAUUCUAGAAGGUCAUUAAGCACGGAGAACUCAGAAUGUUCCAGAAUAGACUGGCAUUUCAGAGGCUCUGGCCCUACCACAGAACAAGGCAGUGGGCCUGACCUCCAGGCUCCUGGUCCCCAAGACCAGUUCUGUUCGUUGUCACUUGCUGUUACAUCUUUGGGUUUUCAUUUUCCCACCUGGAAACUGAAGUGCUAAACUACACAACCACAAGGCCGAUCCAGCACCCCUGGGGUCCUUGGGUCUAAGUCAGGUAUUGCCCCCACUCCCUCCCGAAACCUCCUUUUUUAAUAGGACAUUGGUAUUGACUCUGGCCCUUCCCACAUACUAGGACAGGAGGAUACAGAGGAGACUGACUGACUCUUGCACCCAGGUCAUCAUCAACAGAUGACCCUCCUGAAUCCAUACCCCACCCCUGCCUGAAAAGCAAGGGUGUCCCUGAGAGUUACCAUGGGAACAGGGCUGGGUCCCAACAGGAAGAAGACACCUUCAGCCCAGUGUUCGUAGGCCCUGACAUAUGGCUUGUUCCAUCCAUACUGUGGAGAAAAAUAAACAGCGUGGCUUGGAUUUUGA